AGCAAAUACUUGAUAUAGUUUCAAAAUGAAUUUUUGUCUAGUAAUUUUAGGUGUAACUUCUCUUGGCUUUGUGAGCACCAAGGAGGAGCCGUUAAUUAUUGAAUUACUUGACAAUCGUAUCCUUGGAGGUGAAGAUGCAAAUAUUUGUGACAACCCACAUCAAGCCUCCGUUCAAUAUUGGGGUGGCCACUAUUGUGGUGGGGUCAUAAUAGGACCUAAGUGGGUUCUGACCGUUGCCAACUGCAUUGUAGGCUUUGAGGUCUUGUAUAUAUCAGUCAAGGUUGGUACCUCCAACAAAGACGCAGGAGGUCAAAUAAUUAGAGUAAAAAAUGCAUAUUCCCAUCCAAAGUACAAUUCUUCAACUUUUGAUUAUGAUGUAGGGCUUUUAGAGCUUCAUUCUGAAAUUAAAGUACCUUGUGCUUCACCUGUUAGUUUGCCCAACCCUAAUACCCAACUUGUCGAAGGCUCCACUGGAGUCGUUACUGGUUGGGGUAGAAAAACUGAAGGUGGACCUGUCGUCAACCACCUUCAAGUAUUACAAAUUCCAAUCCUGUCACCAAAAGCCUGUCGUGAUGCCUAUGGCGAGUCCACAUUCACAGAAAGAAUGGUGUGUGCUGGUUUAUUGAAGGGAAGCAAAGACGUUUGCUCAGGAGACUCAGGUGGCCCUUUGAUGGUUGAUAAAAUGUUAAUUGGACUUGUUUCUUGGGGGUAUGGAUGUGCACGACCAACGUACCCUUCAGUGUACACCAAUGUGGCCGCAUUUAGGACCUACAUUACUGAAAUUACUGGAAUUUAAUACUUAUUUGAAGUGAGACAUUAAAAUGGUUGCUUCAA